CGAAUUUGUGAACUUGGGGCUUGUGUGGUCACGUGGCUGUGGGUGGUUUUCAGGGCAGGGUGGUGGUGUGCGUGCAUUAGGCUGUUAAUUUGAAGUGGGGCAGCUGGCUUCUUCCCGGAGCUUGGCCGUUAGGAGCCGGGGAGUGUUUGGGUGCUGAGAGCAUUGUGGUUAUGCUGCUUCUUCUCACUGUGCUUUAAAACCGGACUUGGAGUGUGUUUAUGUGGCGAUCAGAAGGAGCUGUUAGAUGCGGCAGGAUUGCUGAGGGAGCUGAUGGGUCUAAGAGGCAGUGCGUGGCCUGAGCACAGAACCGGGGUGGGGGCAGGCAGGGGCAGCAAGCGUGUGUAUUUCAAGCCCAGAUAGUACCAUUUUCUCGGUGAAGCCGAAGAUAGGGUUGUGUGGCUGUGAGUGGGAGUCCUGGAAGGCUUAGAAUAGCUUCUGCGGAGAGAUGGCAUGGAAAGAGAGCAUCGGGGGCCUGUAAACUAUGUCCACUAAAGACUGGCUUUAGUAAUGUUUGUACUCUGUGCUUAUAGAAUAGUCAUUCAAUUAAUAGAGAGCAAGCAAAUGGAUUGAUCCAGAGCAGUGGUUUACAAGGCCUUUGGGGCAGAGGGGAGAAGGAAAUGCAGGGUGCUUGAAGCCUCAGCUGCUUAUAGUUUCUCCUUCUCCCUACACUUUGUGUUCAAGGCUAAAAGACUAGAAGGCAGAGAUAGCUUGGCUAUUAUCCAAGCAGGCUCCAGUAAACGGGAGGACUAUAAUCCUAUAGCUUCUCGUCACCAUCUGGCUUAUAUGUGCCGUUCAGUCUACCCUUCCUGAGACCGUUGCGUGGCGGUAGCUUUCUCCCUUAGGCUGUUGAAAUCCCACCACUUCUCCAGUUCUUCUGUUUCUUUCAUUUACAAAAUAUAAAUUGACUUCCCAUUAGAUCAUUGGCAUUUAUGAUAAGCAGAAAAAUUCAGAAAUGGAGAGUAUAUCUACAUCGACUUGCAUAUGUAAAUCUUCCAUAUUUACCCCCAAGGUUGAAAUGUUGCUUAAUAUCCAAGUUAGGGUAGGCUAAGCCGAGAUAGAAAGUACCUUGCCAGUCCUACCAGUGGAACUAGCCAUUUGGCUUCCUCUAGGAGCAAACAGAGGAUUUAUUUAUUUAUACCACAGAGAGCUAGAGUUAAUCUGAAGGAAGGAACCAAAAUUUACAGUGCAAUGGUUAGAAUGAUUUCAGGUAUGGUCUGGGACUCAGAACAGUUACAGACAGAAGAACUAGAAAGGCCUGGGUUUGGAAGGAUUAUGCCAAUCACUUCUGCAGCUCUGCCUUGCCCUCAGCUGCUCUUGUUUAUCCCUGUUAUGAACAGAACUUGCCCCGAGCCUGCCCUUUAUAUAGGUAAGUCUGUGUUUUUAUCGUGACCUCCCUGAGGGCAGGGACUAUGUCUAUGUUAAAGAACUUUUACUCGUGAGUGUUUGUUGGUUUUGAUUAAAGUUUCUAUCAGCUUGAGAAGACAUAGUGGCUUGGAUAUUUCAUCAACCAACUGUUCUUUCUGAAGUUCCUUUGGCUAGUGAUGUAGAUGCUGAAAAGGAAGGUAGAUGGCUUAGUGCUGUACUAUAAUAGAAACUUGGUAGAACUUUCCACAGCAUAAAAUGGAGCAAAAGGCAUGUUUUCAAGUGGUAAUUGACAACCCUCCUGCUUAAAUAUUUAAAUAUCCUGUCUUCCUAGAUCAUCUUGACUGCUCCUGACACCGCUAUUUUAGCUGGUUCAUGUCAGAGGUUAAUGGCGUAACAUGAUGGGAUUGCAGCUAAAGACUCUGGGAGGGGCCAAACUCUGCCCUUCCUGAAGUCCCUGAGGGUCAUAUAUUGACAAGAAAUGGUGGUACACGGACAAUCUAUAAAUAGCUGGUGGAAAAUAGAAAACUUAUGCUUUGCUUGAAAAGGAAUGCUCAACUCUGCAAAGAUGGCUUCUAUAGUGAGUAUCCCACAGAGCAGUGUCCUGCUAGCUUACCCUUGAAACAGCUCAGCGUCACUUCUGUGGUCGGGAUCUAUGAGUGCCAUGAGGCACAUGGACACCAAGACUACAGCCAGGGGAUUGUGGGUGUGGUUUAAGACCUGUGUAUCCUGUGGGUCGUGUCUUACACAGUCUCCAAUCCACACCUUCCUUUCCUACUCUGGGCAGUAAGGAUGUUUUUCCAUUGUCUAUAUCAUCAUGGGCAUUAUAUCAGUUUUCUGCUUCUGUCUAUUGGCCUGUCAUGACUACAGUAGCUUUAAAAAAAUGCCCGUCGAUCUGACAGUCCCUGGGUUUUGAAGCACGGCUGGAUUCCUCUUCCCCAAGUCUCACAGUUGACAAAUUAAAUAAUUUGUAGAUGAAGUUUUAAAGAUCUACUCCUUGUUUUUAAUUACACUGACUUACUUGCGUAGGGGUGGGUAGGUGUGCGUGCACACUCACAGGCAUGUGGAUCUCAGAGGACAGCACUUAGUCAUUGGUUCUCUCCUUCCAUCGUAAGUUCUGGGGAUUGAACCCAGGUCACCAGGUUUGAAAGGCAAGCGCCUUUCCCCACUGCACCAUCACACGAGCCCCACCACCAAUUUAUAAUGGUCUUAAAUUGGGUUUCUUUUGUUAGAGGUUUAUGAGUGGUUUUUAAGGCAGGCAACCACUAAACCCUACAAAUACUGAGAGCCUCUUCCUGUGACUUCAGGUGGUGGUACUGCCACCAGGGACUAGGAAGGGACACUCGCAGAUAUCCUUACUUUUAAAUGACUAAGCAAGGUUGGUGUUCAUUAAGUUAUUCUUGUUUAAAUUCUGCUGUGGUGGGCAGAGCUUCUGUAUAUAAAGUCAAACAGCCUGGGUUUGGCUUCUAGCUCCACCCUGUUAGGUGACCCAAGCCACAUGAGUUAAUCCCUUUAAAUCCACAUUUUCUCAAGUAGACUGAGAGCCACGGCAAUGGAGUGGCUGCUUUCUAGGGCCCUGAAUGUCAAAUUAAUGUGAUAACGUAUCAAGAGCCUAGGACAGCAAAGAGCACAUGCCGUUUAGUGGAUGGUAGUGGCUUUUGCUCCCAAUGAGGCAUCCAUCUUUCCCUGAGUUGCCACUAUGGGGCCAAUUUAUGAACGUUUGGGAACUUUAAAGGCUAUUUAGAUGAAUUCUAUCUUGAGAAAACAUUCCAUCCUGCCUGUCUUUGAGAGGUAUAAGGAAGAUCUAUGUCGACUUUUCGUUCUAUGUUCAUAAGAAUGGUUGAGAAAAGCAACCAAUUAGCAGUGAGAUGGCAGUCAGAGAUUACUAGGGUAAUACCAUUUACUAACGAAGGGCUUUGAGGUGAUUUAAACACUACCCAAGUCACAGCUCUCGGAGCUGUUCAGAUGAGUCCUUUAAACUUUAAUGAAGAUUAAGAUAAACUUCAGAUAAAUGCCUCAUUUCAAGAAGCUGUGUUGGUAUUUAAAUCUUCUGAGACAACCCAGGUCUCUAAUCCCAGUUGAUGGCUGAGGUAGAAGACUGUCACGUUCUUAAUGAAAUCUCUCCGGAGAAGCCCUCAGACAGAGAGGUAUGUUUCCAAAUCGAGUGGAAGUUGGUGCGUCAGCAGCUUUUAGCCUACCAGAGAAUGAGGAGCCCUGGGCAGUACAGCCCUUUGUUCUGGCUUAGGGCGUCAGCUCACAUGGUGCCUGCAUGUGAUCCAGCAAGACACCCAGGUGGAGAUGCACUAAGAGUGUAACUUCACACACAGCUCAGUGGAAAAUGCUAAGGACAGCUGAAUUAACCCCAAUGCUGAGGUACCGGCCUAGGGUCUCCCGUCCUCAAUAAUCACAGAGAGGUGGCCCCUUCUCCCCUUCCUUCCCCCAUUUUUUAUUUCACAUUUUAUUGUGAGACAAGGCCCUACUAAGUUCAGAUUUACUAGCCUUGCAAGUGUCCUGCACCACCCCUGGACUGUGAGCCUAGACUGAGCAGAAGAAGAAAGCCCAGUGAGUGUUAGCCUCUCCUUUCUCUGUCCCCUGCUCUACAAAGAUGGGGGGUUGAGGAGCAUGGUACCUGAUCCUGUGCCUACAGAGCUGACUGGGAUGGAGUUGUUUUCUCAACCUGUGAGCCCAGAUAAGUUCCUUCUCCCCCUCACUUGCUUCUCCUGAGGUGUUUGGUCACAGUACCUGGAAAGACGCCACUAUUGGAUUUGAUUGUGAUUCUGACAGGAGGGUGUAAAGUGUUUACAUUCAAAGAAACCAUCAAGCAAGGAGAACAUACUGUUGUGGGCCUUGCAACCCAGGAAUUCUGUAUCCAUGCCAUCUUUGGCAGAGCAGCGUGGGUUUAAUGGGAAGGGGAAGUGUCCUGGGAGUUUGUUUCUGAAGUGGUUGCUUUGUUUAUUCUGGCUUCCUCUCAGUUGACAAAGUUCAGCUGUCUCUCUUUGAAAAGGGACAUCACAUCCUUUGAACCCAAGAAGGUGUCAGUUUGCUUUCAUCCAGUAAUAUUUCAGUAUUUAAUCCUGAAGGAAAAGACCAAAACUGGCAUUUUUCCACGUGAUCUGUGGAAGAAUGUCAUGUCAUGUAAAAGGUAUCUGGAUAAUAGCCCAAAUGAAGGAUUCCUUAGCUAAACAAGUCACCUACCCUAGUUAAUAAUAUGGAUUCUUGUUCUAUAUGCUUUAUACCUGACAUGUCCAAUGAAGCAGUACUACUAUAGUCUCUACUGUAUAGACAAGAAACAGAGAAGCCAGCCUCUAAAUCAUGGAACCCAUGUGUUGGGUAUGUCACCUCAGACUAUACUCUUGGCCACUCUACUGACUUCCUUAUUUGGUCAUUUAAAUAUAUGUGGCAUUGAUAGUGAUCCUCUUGUUGGUCUCCCGUGUUCAGUUGUCUUUUCCGCAUCAACUCAGUGAGAAUCUUAGGCUACACUACCCAAUGAACAGGACACACAUGCUGGUCAGAGUACAAAUCUAGAAUAUUACAGUACAUUCGGAGGGCUAGAUCUUAAAGAGAAACGUAGAAGACGGUGGCCGAUAUUCCUAAGCUGCCUGGGAGUCUUGGGGUUGGAUGGCAUUAAGGACUUUAUUUUUUAAAUUUAAAAAAUGGGAUGUAAAUUGAAUAAGUAAUAAAAAAGAAGAAGAAAGAAGAGGAGGAGGAGAGAAGGAGGAAGAGGAGAAGAAAGAAGGAGGAGGAGGAAGAGGAAGAAGAAGAAGAAGAAGAAGAAGAAGAAGAAGAAGAAGAAGAAGAAGAAGAAGAAGAAAAGAAGAAGAAGAAGAAGAAGAAGAAGAAGAAGAAGAAAAGAAGAAGAAGAAGAAGAAGAAGAAGAAAAAGAAAGAAAGGAAGGAAGGAAGGAAGGAAGGAAGGAAGGAAGAGAAAGAAUGAAUAGGGAAUAUGGGCAACAUGGGCCCAGCAGGUUACAGGUCUUGUCACACAAAAUUGGCAAGUUGAAUUUAGUCUUCAGAGCCCGUGUAAAAGGUGGGAGGAUAGAACUGUCUCUACAGUGGUGUCCUCUAACUUCCAUACAUACACCCAAUGAUGAUGAUGACGACGACGACAAUGUUGAUGUUUCAGAAUAUUUGAGGAAUUAUUAUAUAGGAGAGGCAGUGAUCGGUUUGGGUGGUUGCAUCCACAGAGGGUUGACUUCAACUCAACAUAAAAAGAACUUUCUAACUAGAAUUAUCUAAUAGAACAGGCCCGUUGUGAGGUAAAGACCUUGCCCAUUGUUAGAACUCCACAGUCAUCUUCUUCCUUGUCAGCAGAAAGGGGCUUUCAGAGACUCCAGGACAGGCCCGGGUCCAGAGCUGAGAUGAACUUCUCAAGGUUGGACGAUGAAGAGCUGUAUCAUCACUCCGUUCAGAAGACUGAUGCUAUGUGCUGAGAACAGGAAAGAGAUGGAGGUCUGGAUCAGCUCUCUGAAGUCAGUGCAGAGCAGAGAACCCUAUGAGGUGGCCCAGUUCAAUGUGGAACAUUUCUCAGGGAUGCACAACUGGUACGCCUGCUCCCACGCCCGGCCCACCUUCUGUAACGUGUGCAGAGAGAGUCUCUCUGGAGUGACCUCCCACGGCCUGUCCUGUGAAGUGUGUAAGUUCAAGGCUCAUAAAAGAUGUGCAGUGAGGGCAACAAACAACUGCAAAUGGACCACGCUGGCCUCCAUCGGGAAGGACAUCAUAGAGGACGAGGAUGGUGUUGCCAUGCCUCACCAGUGGCUCGAAGGCAACUUGCCUGUGAGUGCCAAGUGUGCAGUCUGUGACAAAACCUGUGGCAGUGUGCUUCGCCUGCAAGAUUGGAAAUGCCUUUGGUGUAAGACAAUGGUGCACACUGCCUGCAAAGAUGUGUACCAUCCCGUCUGUCCCCUUGGCCAGUGUAAAGUCUCCAUCAUACCUCCGAUUGCACUAAAUAGCACAGACUCUGAUGGUUUCUGUCGAGCAACCUUUUCGUUCUGUGUCAGCCCCCUCUUGGUGUUCGUCAACUCUAAGAGUGGAGAUAAUCAGGGAGUGAAGUUCCUUCGUCGCUUUAAACAGUUGCUCAACCCAGCUCAGGUGUUUGAUUUAAUGAACGGAGGGCCUUAUUUAGGCUUGAGAUUGUUUCAAAAGUUUGACAACUUUCGGAUCCUUGUCUGUGGAGGAGAUGGAAGUGUAGGCUGGGUUUUGUCAGAGAUUGAUAAACUGAACUUGCAUAAACAGUGCCAGCUUGGGGUGCUACCCUUGGGUACCGGCAAUGACCUUGCUCGAGUUCUUGGCUGGGGAGGUUCAUAUGAUGAUGACACCCAACUCCCUCAGAUACUAGAGAAGCUGGAACGAGCCAGUACCAAAAUGCUGGACAGGUGGAGUAUAAUGACCUAUGAGCUCAAAUUGCCAGCAAAGUCGUCUCUACUUCCUGAACCUGUGGCAGCAACUGAAGAAUUUUACAUGACAAUUUAUGAAGACUCCGUUGCAAACCAUCUUACGAAAAUCGUCAACUCUGAUGAGCAUGCGGUGGUCAUAUCGUCUGCCAAGAUACUCUGUGAAACCGUGAAGGACUUCGUUGCCAAAGUGGAGAAGGCACAGGACAGAACACUGGAAAAUACAGUAGUAGCCGAAGCCGUGGCCAGUAAAUGCUCAGUCCUAAACGAGAAGCUUGAGCAGUUGCUACAAGCCUUGCACGCGGACUCUCAGGCCAGUCGAGUCCCCCCAGGAAUCGGCCCUGCCAUCCCCGAAGAGGACACCGUGGAGUCCGCCAGUGACGAGUCCUUGGGUGAAAGCAAGGACCAGCUGGUGAAUGACAUUGGGAAACCCUCCUCCCAGAAAGCCGUGAAGCCCCGGGAGAUAAUGCUGCGGGCCAACAGUCUAAAGAAAGCGGUGAGGCAAGUCAUUGAAGAAGCUGAAAAAGUUAUGGAUGAGCCAGCAGUGCAGCCCUCUGAGCCAGUCAGUCCGUCUUGUGACUAUGAUACAGAAACAGAUGAAGCUAAAGAGGACGACGCGAAAGAGUCGCUAUCAGCCAAAACCACAUCUCAGUCUCCUGAUGCCCAGGCAAGCUGUGGCCAUCCCCAAACUGACUCUGUCGCUGGUCCAGCCAUGGCCACCACCAAAGAAAACCUCCCUGUGCUCAACACUAGAAUCAUCUGCCCAGGUUUGAGAGCAGGACUUGCUGCCUCCAUUGCUGGGAGUUCUAUCAUCAACAAAAUGUUGCUGGCGAACAUCGAUCCUUUCGGGGCAACACCGUUUAUUGACCCAGAUCUAGACUCACUAGAUGGAUACUCUGAAAAAUGUGUCAUGAACAACUACUUUGGGAUUGGAUUAGAUGCAAAAAUUUCAUUAGAAUUUAAUAAUAAGAGAGAGGAGCACCCUGAAAAAUGCAGAAGUCGAACUAAAAACUUGAUGUGGUACGGAGUCCUUGGGACCCGGGAGCUACUACAGAGAUCGUACAAGAAUCUGGAGCAGAGGGUUCAACUUGAGGGCAUAUCUUUUCUAUCUUCCUUUUGUGAUCAGUGUGAUGGGCAGUAUAUACCUCUUCCUAGUCUACAAGGCAUAGCGGUGUUGAACAUCCCUAGCUACGCCGGAGGCACCAACUUCUGGGGCGGAACCAAAGAGGAUGAUAUAUUUGCUGCGCCAUCCUUUGAUGACAAGAUUCUAGAAGUUGUCGCAGUGUUUGACAGUGUGCAGAUGGCAGUAUCAAGGGUCAUUAAAUUGCAGCAUCACCGGAUAGCACAGUGCCGUACGGUAAAAAUCACGAUAUUUGGCGACGAGGGAGUCCCAGUGCAGGUGGAUGGUGAAGCAUGGGUCCAGCCUCCAGGGAUCAUCAAGAUUGUGCACAAAAACAGAGCUCAGAUGCUAACCAGAGACAGAGCCUUUGAAAGCACCCUGAAGUCUUGGGAAGACAAGCAGAAGUGUGACUCUGGGAAGCCAGUUCUUCGAACCAACCUGUACAUCCAUCCCGCCCCUGACCUGGCAACAGAGGAAGUGUCACAGAUGCGGCUCUGCUCCCAGGCUGCGGAGGAACUCAUCACUAGGAUUUGUGACGCAGCCACGAUUCACUGUCUCCUGGAGCAGGAGCUGGCACAUGCAGUGAAUGCCUGCUCACACGCCCUGAACAAAGCCAACCCACGCUUCCCGGAGAGCCUUACGAGAGACACUGCCACCGAGAUAGCCAUCAACGUCAAGGCGCUCUAUAAUGAGACAGAGGCUUUGCUAGUUGGCAGGGUCCCUUUGCACUUGGAAUCUCCUCACGAAGAGCGGGUGUCCAGUGCCUUACACUCUGUGGAGAUGGAGCUUCAGAAGUUAACGGAGAUUCCCUGGCUUUAUUACAUCCUCCGCCCCAGUGAGGACGAGGAGCCUCCUCUGGAUUGUACCAAAAGAAACAACAAAAGCACAGUCUUUCGCAUAGUGCCAAAGUUUAAAAAGGAAAAGGCUCAGAAACAGAAAACAAGUUCGCAGCCUGUUCAGAAUUGGGGCACAGAGGAAGUUGCUGCUUGGCUGGAUCUGCUCAAUUUGGGAGAGUACAAAGAAAUCUUCAUCCGUCAUGACGUCAGAGGGGCUGAACUUUUGCAUCUGGAAAGACGAGAUCUUAAGGACCUGGGGAUUCCGAAAGUGGGUCAUAUGAAGCGAAUUCUCCAGGGAAUUAAAGAGCUUGAACGGAACCCUCCCAACUUGGUCUGAGGGGUGGUCACACUGGUGCUAUUUCUGGGAAGAGAAGUCCUCACUCACCACUCAAUACAGAGUCCUUGGAAGCCGCUGCCUGUUGUUGUGAUUUACUGCACAGAUAAGCACCUCUGAAGCACCUCUCCCGACUGAUAUUUUGCUGUGGGUGAAAGUUUUGAUUUGAGGUAUUAGAAAAUAAUUUUUGUGCCAAAAAAAAGGCCAUUCCACAAAGCCAUGUUCUCAUUGUGCAAACCUGACAUGCUAAAAAAAAAUGCUCACAGUAGUGGAAGAAGGAUUAGACAUGAUUGCCUUGUCUAAAAAGUGGACUUGUUUGCCCAUCAUCCAGUGAGGGUCUUUAGAUCUGGGCCCACAGGAGGUUCCUAUGUGUGCCUGCAACUGUGUUAACAGUAUGCAGCUGGAACUUCGCAGGCUUCCCAGUGAAGGCAUUGGCUCCUCUCUAGAAGUCACUGGUUAGGAGAUAAAGAUAGGGGUUGUACUUUUAAGUUUUUCACCCUAAGUUCUCAGUAUCCACUGGUCAAAAAAUACGGUGAAACCAACCCAUAGCUCACUAUGACUGAUGCAAAUCUGAUGCACGAUGUUCCUUGCCUGAGUUGUCUUUCUUUUUCUUGCAUGUCAUGUAUAUUAUUGUAAUAUUUCAAUAGCUUUGAUGUUUAUUAUAAUGAAAUUUAAUUUAUUACCACCCAACUACCCAAGCACUUUUUGGUUGGUUAAGGGCACUUUGGAGUAAAUAUUCCAUACCUAAGAGUCUGGGAAUGUUUGUCUGUGCCAUGAUCAACAAAUGAUAUACAUCUUAUGCAAACCAAAUUCUUUGCCUGUUCCAAACUACAGGUGUGCACAUAAGGAGAAUUCUUGGGUGUUUUCAUAAGCUUACAUGUUCUGUCACCUAUGAAACUUAUUCCAGCUUUCCAAAUGCAAAUUCCCACAUUUUGUUCCCAUUUUUUUCAUAUCAGUUUAAUAACCAUUUUGAGUUUCUGCUUGCACUUGUAAGACUUGACAUCCAGGAAUUUUUCAAGGUCGUGGCUGAGAUCCCAGCCUGAGUUCUGGGGACUGAGGUGAUUACUGACAGGACUCACCAAUAGAAGGAAUUUCAUUUUGUUUCUUAAGGGCUUUUUGUAUUACUAACUCACAUUUUGAUAGUCUAUCCAGUAGAUAUUAUUUCCCUUUUUCUAGACCAUGGCGUGUCAGUGUCGCUCAAUAGAAUCAUCAAGUAUUUGAAAGCCAAAGGUAUACAAGUCAAAAAAGUAAGAAAAAGAAAAGAAAAGAAAAAAAAAAUCUCUGUUUUCUGGUCAUUAUAUGCCAAAAAUCAACUGUAAUAUUUGAAAGUUGUGUAUAUAAGAGAAGCAAGCAGGGCUGCUGACCCAGUGAAGGCGGUUUUGAUAGUGUAGCCUGCCAGGUGCUCAGUAGAUAAACAUACCCACACAUGUGCACACACGUGUCAUGCUUCCUUACCUGUGUGCACGCACUUACUGACAUGCAUUGUCUGGGCAUACAGUGUCCCUGCUACUUUCGAGACAAUCAUUUCCCCAAUGCUUAGUGUUUCGUUUUUACUUGGGUAUUUACUAGGGGAAAAAAAAUCCCCAAAUUGAAAUACCUUAAAAAUAAAUGAAGUUCAGUGGCAAAGUGUUUGCUUAGGACAGGCAAGGGGCUUGGCUCCACCCAUAGCAGAGCAAAAUCCAAAGGGAUCAACAGGCAAACCUAGUGCGUUCCUGACCAUGUAAGUAUGUCUCACAUUUUACCCAGGUUGUGCACAAUGGACACUUUCCAAAGAUAAGUCCUAUCAAGACUUUUGAGCUGAAAAUAAACGAAUCACUUAGUAGUUUCAAUGUUAAGCUUCACCUGUGAAGCCCCUGUUAUAUACUACCUGGUGGGUACCUUGCCAACUUUUCCUGUGAAACCAGAUCAACCCAGAGCUCCCCCAUCAUUGUUCAAGAGAAAGGAGUGGGGGUGGGGAGAGGACUCCAGUCUAUAAAGAGUGUAUUAACACAUUAUUGAGUUUUCCUCUUCCCCCCAAAUACAUCACUGUCAACAGAAAAGACAGUCUAAUGGCUGCUGCCCUAGAGGUGCACAAUGAUUGGCUGCUUUUUGUUUGGUAAUCUUUUCAGUUCCCGCUGACACCUUUUAUGCAUUCUGACUCAUGAAAUCCUGACUCGUGAAAACUUUCAGUGAAAUGGCUUUGGGAUGACAGAGAUUCUCUAAGAUGACAGUUUGGAUGAACGAUUUUGUCCAGUGUGAACAUUUCUCUCUCUAACCCAUGCCUUCGUGAGUCUGGGUCCAGUGAGUUCCGACACUGGACACACAGCAGUGUGCUCCCGAGACACCUUCCGUCUCUGCUAGUGUCACAGAGAUGCUCUAACCCUAUGUGAGGUUUCAGAAGGGGGAUCCUCGCUAGGAUACAUCCAGCCACAUCCACUUAAGUAGAGAGAGAUGCUCAGGUGUGCACCCGACUGUAGCUGGCUCUGCUGUCCUCCAAAGCAUUUCCUGUGCACUCCCCCUACCCCAGGAAGGAAACAGAACUGGAUGUUCUCCAGGUGACUAGGCCGUUCUCAUCCAUGUCUACGCACAUCCUCACCGUCCCAUCAGUUACCUCAUGGCAAAAUGUCAGAGGGGAUUCAAUAUAUUUUCAGUUUCCUAGACAGUUGAAAUGAAUUGAUGGGUUGGCUCAUUUGGAAACACUGCUGUGGUUGAGAAGGUGGAAACAGUGGAUGUCCAGGUCAGAUCUGUGCUGUCUGGUGUUUUAGCCGCUGGACACCUGUGGCUAUUAAAUUGAAGUUUAUUCUUGCUCAAAGUUCUGUUUUGUAGUUGCACUACCUGCACUUUGAGUGCCCUGUAACCACAAAUGUAGAGCAUUUCCACCAUCACGAAAAAAUUUCAUUUGACAGCAGUGAACCAGUGUCACUGCUACUAAAUCUGUGGUCCAUGGGCCAUCUAUCAGUCAGCAUCCAUGUUAUCUGGAAGCUUAUAGCAAUGCAGACUGUUGGCGCAGACAAGAUGGCUCAGCAGGUCUGGCAACAGGUUUGAUGCCAGAUGCCAUAUUCAAGUGGAAAGAGAAACACUUGUGGACUUGUCCUCUGACCUCCAUCUUCCCACCAUGGCAUCCUCACCCACAUACACACAAUAAUAGGUACAUAUUUUUAAAUGCAGAACUUCAGAUUCACUCCAGGUCUGCUUCUGGAGUCUUCCUCUUGGUAAGAUUCCGGCCCUUGGGGACAUUAAGCUUCCCCGGUCCCACACUUGGCUUAGUUUGUUCUUGCUCGGUUGCUCAUGACUUAGUUCACACUGAGCAUUUCAGAAGAACAUAUACUGAGAUAAAGGCAUUUUUCAUUUUCUUGUGUCAAUAAAGUACCCAGUGGACAUACUUCAUGCUUGUCAUGCUUGAAGGGACAUAGCAGCCCAUGCAUGUUAUGUGAGUCAUUAGGUAUGCAAAAGGGGGUGGGGGUGGGGGAAGAACCGGGAUGAUUGUAAGAAAAGCGAGUGUGCCAUUUGAACUCUGAAAGCAGGCAUAUUUUUGCUAAAUUUGGAACUCUUUAAACUAUGAUAACUUAUCUUGAUUUUCAUGUGGUUCAAAAUCGCUUAAAAAUAGUUGCUAAAAGAUAGUAUGCUCUUGACCUCCAGAUUCAAAUUAUCCUAAACUGAGAUUUUUUUCCCCAGUGAUUUAUUGUCAGGAUUCUGUCCCUUAAUUAUUUUUAUAUUUUAGUAUAAAUUACCCAAACAUAACUUCCUAGCUUCUUUGCUAUAUAAUCUUUCUAUUUUUACAUGAAUUGACAAGGUAUUAAUAGAAAAAUUAAAAAAAAUAUAUACAUCACUUCUAAAGUAAGUCAUUUAUACCUGCAGCUGAGCUCGAGUGCAUUGUGAACUUUCAUUUUCCAAGGGUGAAUUCUUUAGGGAAAUCAAUUUUAAUUUAGCUGUAAAAAUCAAUCCCUUUUUAAAUUCUAACAUCUGGAGUCUCUCUUGCCCACCCACCCCCCAACCUUAUUCUCUGUCUGUCAACUGUGAGAUUGUUAGAUAUGGGGUUUACGGUUGGUUAAAAGAGAUGGCAGUUUUCAAACUCUACCCAGUACAGUUAGGAAUAGCGGAAUUAGAAAUGGAGCAUCCUCAGAGGGACUGUUGACCCCUGGGGCGGCUUUGCCAUUGGCUUCCUGGUUUCCCUUAUUCUCACUGCCCACCCCAAGGGAGAGAAGCCCUUCCUCUCCCUUGUUUCUGCUGUGGCAUCCCUCAGGUGACUUCUGUGUCACAGUCUCUGUCACAUUGGUAAUGAUACCUUAGCAAUAGGAUUCCUUCACAAAGAAGCAACUAGAACUUUUAAAGAGUGGUAAUUGUUUUCUUAUAUAUAUAAUAAGCAAAACAUUAUUUUUCUUUAUAUUGUUUUCCAAGUUUUGUUUAGAGAUAUUUAUGUUAGAAGAAAAUAUAUAAAAGUUUGUUGAUAUAGAGAACAGAGAGCUAAAGACAGCUGGACUGUACCUAUCUUUUUUUUUUUUUAUAGUACUCUCUGUUAUUUUCAGGUAAAGAAAUGAAACCAAGACUGCAUUAACUCAAUAAUAAUGCUUAAGAUAGACUCCACAGUAUAUGUUAUAGGUGAGCAGCUUACUUCCGUUUAUAUAAUUUAAGAUAUAAUAUUUACAUUAUUUAACAUACUUCUAUUUUUUUGCACUUCCAAGUUUUAGUUGGAAAAGAAAAACCAAACCACAGCCUAAAAAUUAUUUUAAAAUCCACAUAAAAAUAUUUCCUAUUAGCUACAAGUUACCCAUGCAUAAGACUUUGUAAAUAGUCAGGACAUUUCGUAUUAUCUACAUUUCAAGAGUAAAGUAAUCAAACCCAGAAGCACACAGGGUUACUUAUAAAAUGCAUUAAAAUAAAGACAUUUCAUGCUCAACUGAUGCUAUCAAAGUAGAAUAAUGCAGUUCAAUAUGUAAGCAAACCAGGGAGAAGGAGGUUGUGUGACAUUUAGUCUUUGAUGGUAGCGUUGUUCACACAGGUUAGCCAUUGCCACUUCUACAGUCCAAGUACUAACUGCAUAUGCAGCUGAAGGUUGCUCACAGUGCUGAUAGCUGGUAGCUUGUUCUGUGAAAGGUUUGGGGAUUAUAACAUUCACAGUUUUGUGAGUUAUAUAUUAUAUACUGCAAAUGACUAAUACAUUGGAGUAAUAUAUUUAUCUAGAGCUGGUAAAUAUGAAAAUUAUUUUCAAACAGUCAAGUGAGAUGGACUGUUUUCUUUAGGUGAGAUAAAAAUCACUUGUAUGUUUAAAUCUCUAUUUGUACAACAGCUUUCUCCUACUGGUGUUAUUAAUUUUCAUACUACGGUUUUUCUUACCUUUUUAUACCAAAAGAAUUACAUGCUGGCUAUUCAAACUUGCCAAUAUGUAUUUGAGUUUGCAAGACUUUUGGCAGAUAAAAUUACUUCAUAACAAGAAGACACAAAAGCUUUGUAUAUUUUGUGGCUUUUGGGGCAAGAAUUGUACCUUUGAUUUUCUCUCUGCAGGGCAGUGCUGACGUGAGCAUUGUCCCUUGACAGUAUUACUUAGAAUGGUUGUAUAAAUCAGUGCCCUUAUUUAUUAUGUUGUGAAAUGUACUCUUUAUACAGAAUGCAUAGUCUAGCUCCUUUCAUUUUUACUGCUGUUGCCUGGAGUGUAAUAGCUCUGUUAAUGGUUGACUUAUAUACUUGAAAUGCUCAUUUCUGUGAAACAGACGCCCAGUGUAUUCCUUCUUUUAAAAAAAAAAGAUAAGAAAAGAAAAAGAAAAAAGAAAAAUUAUUUUCUCUUCUGUCUUAGGUAACUGAGUUAUAGUUACCAGUCAUAGGAACUUUUCUACAAAAUGAUUUUUAUAUCUAAAAAGACACAAAGCAGAAAGGCUGAAGGGGUAAUGUGAUCAAGAGCUCCAUUAGGAUAUAUUUUGCCCAAUACAUGUCUUCAAUCUGUAAGUUUUUUCUUAUAGUGGGUUUUUAAUUCUUGUGGUGGGGACAUGUCUGUGAUUGCACUGGCCAAUGUGGCAUUCCGAUUAACGCUGAAUCUUGAAUCCUACCACAAAUCUCAUACCUCUGAUAUCUAGCCCAUGGUUCCCGAGUCUACAUUCAAAACCCGUUUCCUGGCUUUGGGCUACACUGCAAAUGGAACCCACGGUGGAUAACUUUUGCUUAUUUCUAUCAAGUAACCAGAAAGUUUAGCUGAGUUUUUUUCAUUAUUUCAUUUGGAUGCAUUCUUGACUCAAAUUUUAAAAGCUUAGACAUGUAAAAUGCAAUUGCACAACACACCACGCAGAAUAAAAUCACUUGUUUUCCAAAGAAGGAACAAAAAUCCUGCUGAAUGUUGCAGAGCUAAGAAAUCGCUUUAAUCCCUAAAUCCAACUGUUUUUCUUCUGUUUUAUAACAUGAACAGCAGGUGAAUCGUGAGUCAUGCAAAUCCAUUGGGAAAUUAAAAAUUAAAUGUGCUUUUAAUAACAGACAGAGCUUUAUGUUUCCCUGUCGUAGAUGCAUUUAUUGAGGAUGGAAAAAAGUGAGAAUCUGUUAAAAACAUAGAUAGUGCAGGAACUUGAGACGGUUUGCCAAGGCCCAGGAACAAAGAAUUUGAACACGUCUUUCCCUUUGUAUUACAGGAGGACUGAAUGCACAUAAAAUGUCUAAUGUGGUGAGCACUGCACCUCAGAUAGCGCCCUACUGGUCAAGUCUGAAGUCCUAACUAGAAGUUUGCUAAUUAACUCUCCAGAGAGCCCAUUUUACUGCAGAAAUUACGGGUCAAUUAAGGAAGCCAUCAGGGUGGGCGAGCUAACCUCUUAGACAUUUAGAACAGCUCUGGCGAUGUUUAUUCCCAGGGCAGAGCUGCCUGUGCUUUCUCAACGCAGAGCAGCCAGUAGUGGAUCUUGGUUCAGGAGGUUGGAAGGCUCCUUUAAAGGACAGAAUAAAGGUGACUUGGUCCAUAGAUGAACACCAAAGACACUUUCAUGACUUAGCCGAGCCUUGGAGUGUGUUUGCUGUGAUGUGUUUCCCGUUGAGAUAGUGGUGGUUUUUCACUCACCUCUUGGAUCUAACAAGGCUCAUUUGGUCACACCUUGUCACUGCCCCACUGUGUCCUCUCUACUCUAAUGUAUUUUGCUGCCUUGGGACCCCAGCUCUAAGAGUUGGCCCAACACUGCCAGUUAUAAGUAGUCAAAUUGUUUUCUACAAUAAGAAAGGACAGAUGUCACCAGUCCUACCUAAAUUUACUAUGUCUUUCCCAGUGACAUUUUAGUUAUAAAGAAAGCCAUUCCAUGAAAAAGAGACAUCCAAUCUGGUAACCCUUGACAUUGCAUUUACAAACAAAAGUGGAAGGCAAGUGUCUCAGUGGAAGAGUGUUUAUACUGCAAGUGUGAAACCCUGGUUCACUCCCAACAGUGCGUAGUACAAACAACAACAACAACCAAGUGGAAGGUGAAGCUGAAUGAGCGACAGCUACCUAGAGUAGGUCAUGGGUCUUUUAAUCUGCAUAUUAGGUUUUCUGUGUUCGUGUUAAAUGGCUAGUUUAUCGAGAUGAAUAUAGCUGUCAGUCAAGGUCCUCACAUAUUCCCUUAGAGAAACUGCCCCAAGAAGAGACAUCAUAUUCCACAUCCUACUUGCAGUCUCACAUCCCAGAGUACAGAGACACAAAUGUGCUUUGUGGAUCAGUCUCUAGGACUUUGCCUCAAGAAUGGCUGAUUGAGCACAGUGCAGGGGAGCAAAGGGCCGAUCAGGAAGCCCAGUCUUGCUUGCCCUGCUCCCCUUUAGCUCUGCUUCUCCUCUCUGUUAACCUUUCUAACCCAGGAAUGCAGAGCGGCUCCAGCGUGGGGGUUUAGUACCUUGGCAGAAUGACACGGCCCAGGUCAGCUCAUCCAAGAAACAGUGCAAAUUCACAGUUUUGUGAAGCAUUGUUGGAUGGCCUCCAAUUUGCAGUGCUUUUGCUUCAGUCUGCCUACAGCAUGUUUUUGUUGGUUGUUUUUGGUGGUGGUGGUGGUGGUUGGUUGGUUUUUAUUGUUGUUUGUUUAUUUGUUUGUUUUUUCGAGACAGGGUUUCUCUGUGUAGUCCUGGCUGUCCUGGAACUCACUUUGUAGACCAGACUGGCCUCGAACUCAGAAAUCCGCCUGCCUCUGCCUCCCGAGUGCUGGGAUUAAAGGCGUGGCCACCAUGCCCGGCGGUGGUGGUUGUUUAAUCCAUCUCAAUGAUAACUUUCAGGCCAAUAUUUCAUCCACGUUUUAUGUAUAUUCAAAGCUUUUCUGUUAAUGUCAUAUUCUGUUUUACACACACACACACACACACACACACACAAACCCCCCACUGAAUUUUUCUCGAUUUUUGUAGUCACAGCGUAUAGCUAGCACAUAAUAGGUCUUUGACAUAAUGUUUUUGAAUAUUAUUUUCAUACUGUCGCAAAUAAAAACUCAAAAUACCUUCAAAGUCUUGUGCUUGCAAGGACACAAGCCUUCUGUGCAAACAUUAUCAGGCAAAAGCAACUGUUUGGUCAAGGAUCCUCAUAUAAAAAUCACAUUUCUUCACAUCGGAAAUAUUUGUCAGGAAUUCUUGUUUCUGAAAGUGAGACAUAAUUUUCAGCAUUCCUGACAAAAUCUUGCUUGUAAAUCAUACACCUGCCCUACAGAUUCUGUUCUAUACACUACUUAUAGUCUUCAUAGACAAACAUAUUAAUUAUGAACUAGGAAAAGAAUAAAAAACAGUAAGAAAGGUGGAAUUUUUAGACAGUAUUUGCCCAAGAAGACACAGAUGAAAUUUGUAUAAUUUUGGGCCAUUUACUGUUAAUGAUUAUUGUAUUACAAAUAUAGGAAGAUCUCUGACUAUCAUUAUCCUUAUAAAACAUAGUGACUAAAAAUUUGCUAUUACCCAUGGGCCUGUUUUCCUUUUUGACUCUCUGAAGCCAUUUUACUAUGUCCCCAAAUAAUGAUAAAAGUAAUCACAGUGCUCUGUAAGUUAAAUUUCUUGAAUAAACACCAGUCAAUUAGAUAAUUAAGUGCCUCUUCUAGGCACUUGGUUAACUUUUCCUACUUCUUUGUAACUGGGAUACGCACUUAGAUACUGAGGAUACUGGUAAAAUAAGACAGGACUCUUGUCUGUAGGCUUUCAAUUUGUCCUCGAAUUGAUCUUUCUAAAGUCUGUUUAAAAAAUUAGGAGGGAUUUUAAACAAGCAAAAGCAGUUUCUUCUCUGGAGUGAUUUUGGCCAUGUCUCCUUCCACCCCAGCACCCUCCAAAACUAACCAAAUCUGAGUCACCACAAAGCAACUCCAUUUUUAUUUCCGCAACUCGUGUAUAUAUUUUCCUGUCAGCCACAGUUCUGGCUGUUGCUGAUCAAGAGUGGGCCUCACUAGCCCUGCACUCUGCUGCUUCUGCUGCUAGAGGGGCUGCGUUGAACACAGGGGUCUGGUUCGUAGAACAGGAAGAAAUCUCAGGUUUAUUUGGGGAAGGCACAAAUUCAUGACACUUUCAGCAGAAUACAUGAGGUGACAUUGCAGACCCACAGGAGAGGAUGGAUCAGAAGGCUCCAUUUGAAGUUGGUUGAAGUGGGUUGGUGUUACCUUAGGUAUCUUGAUGGAGGUAGGAAGUCAUGGCAUUUGACAGGGAGCACAGCUGUUAUCUCAGCAUUAGUAACAUGCGAAUCUAUGACUCCCACAAGGCUCUGAUAUGUAGAUGAACCACAGCAAACAUUUGUGUUAUGAUACUGACUUCUGAAUAUUUAUUGACAGAUAGGCUAUAGGUUUCCUUUAUUGAGAAUGAAGAAAUAAACUGUCUUUAUCUUUCCUGUCAGUAAGGUUGGGGGAGGGGGCUUUUGCUGGUUUGUAUUUUCACAUUUCAAUAAGCAUAUUUUGAAAUCACUAUUUCCCAUCAUAUACAAUAUCAUAUAAAAUAGGGGACACAUUUCUGUGUCCCUUAGCAAAAGAAAGGUCUCAACUUGAUAGCUUUUAUGCUUAGCUCAACUUUGUAAAUGUUCCACAAAAGAAGGGGGCAGGGAAGGCUGGGCGCUGCACCCUUCUGCCCAGCACGUUCAUUACGCUUUUCAAUAAAAAUAGAACUUAUUUCCCGCCUGUUACCAUCAUGGUAAAAACUUAACAAUGUAGUUCCUUCUCUUUCUUAUAUUGCAAAAGAUAGUUUUAAUUUAGUCUUGCCAUAUUUAUAUAGCUAAGAAUUUACUACAUUUUGGUAGUCUGUUUUGAAACUAAAUACUUGUAUCUGACAGAUGCAGAUAAAGUCUGCCUAUUUCUUACACAGUGGGCUCUGUUUGCUACAGAAAAGAGUGAAACUUUUCCCAGCUUAGCACAUUUGCCAUUGAAAUGGACCUGACAGAGCAGAGGUUCUAACUUUGGCUCCAAUUACUUUUAAUAAUGAUAAGACGUGAGUUCUGUUUGUUUACAUGCUGUUUACAAUGGCAUAAUUUUUAAAAAUAAAUCUAUAUGAGAACUGAGAUAUUUAUUGCAUACUAUUUUAAAGAUGUUUUAAUGUGUUUUCACCUUUGGAAUAUAUUGUUACAUUUCCUUGUACAGAUAAUUUGGGUGGCUUUGUUAAUGUAGCUAAUAAUUUUUAUGACUACUAAGUGACCAGUUUCGGUGCCUUCUCUUGUGGGAUGCAUGACUCUGUAUUUAUUGUAAGGAAGUCACUGAUGUGUGUAUUUUUGUACUGAGAGUAAUGGUUGAUGUUCAUGAUGAUGAGAGACGUCUUUCCCAAAGGGCACUGCCUUCAGAUCGACCUUCUCAAAUAAAAAGACUGCAUUGGAAGGUG